CUUCAAAAUCUUUGCCUAAAAAUUUAGCCAUACAAAAUUUGAGUGCAAACAAGCACAAUUUAUUAGUUUCAGUCCAUUGUGUGAGAGAAAAUGAGUACACAUAAACGUGGAACAAAAGCAGUGUUUAGGAAUAAUAUCUACAGCUGAGGUAUCUUUGCGGGUCCAUAUCUCACUAAAUUACCCUAAAACUAAUGUUUCCCCAACUGAUUAGACAAUGCUGAGAUUUUCCACGAAAAUUCGGUUACCCUUACCUUGCCUAAAGCACUAUGCUUGUUUGCACCAUCUCGAUCGUGUCACGUUCGACCUCUGUUGACUGUAGACAAAAGCAAUAGCUACGUUUCAUUUGAUUGUGCUAUUUAAGUUACCAACCGUAGAUAUUUAUCAGAUAGUUGAUUGUGAUAGAUCAAAAGAGGUGCAUCAAAAUGAAAUAUUAUUGGUUUGGAGUGCUUGAAGCUAUCUUUAUAGUAACUGUUUCACUACAGGUGUGGACGCAGGGAGUUGUUGUAAGGUGUGCAAAAUCAACGAUAAAUAAUUAUUUUUUUGCAGAUUUCGACGGCACAAGGCAAUGAGGAUCCACAAAAUUCUAGAAUAAAAAAUAAUGUAACGGAAGAAGGACACACUGCACAACAAUCUGUCGCAAUUUAUAAUUUAAAUGACUUCUUAACAUAUUUCGGAAUGCAUCCAAUAGAAAAUUCAAAGCAAAUACGUAACACUCAGUCUGAUAAGCCAUCAAAACUACAACAACACAACACAAAUAAUCGUCAUUGCAAUUGCCAUCAAGCAUUGCGAAAGCAGCCUAUUCAAAGAUCUUCAAAUUGUGUGAGAAGAUUUCUGGUGAAACAGUUGCAGGAAACCAAUGAAAACAUUAAUUGUCUUUUGGGGUGUCUCGCUAGAAACAGUAUCAAAUGCAAAUGUCCUCUUCCAGCCAAGAUACAUUUGAACUUGAAUGGAGACCUGGACUCCUACGGCUUCGAAAAAGAUCACUCUCAAUCAAGCGAAACUCAUGUUACCAACGAUGCGAUGUAUCCAUGCUCUUGUGGAGCUUGCAUGUAUGAACCAAAGCUACCGAGUGAUGAAGCUUCUCCUAAAUUCAACAAAAGAAUGCUAGUUGAUGAGCCGCUAGUAUACUAUCGAAUCCAUUCGUCGCCGACCGAUGAUAAACUCGAUUGGAAACAUCUUACUGAUAUACAGCGAUUCCUAGCUAAUAGUCAUGAAGAAUUUGAUGUCGAUCGGGACGAUCAUACUACAAAAGCAACUCGAAAAAGAAAUUGCAGAGAAGCAUCGACUUCCGUUUCACAGUCUUUGAGCAGAACAGCAAGUUCUGAAACACAGAAUACUCCAACAUGAUUUUUUUUGGAUGCUGUAACGAGUAAUUAUAUGUACAUAUUAUAGGAAACCAACGUAUCGUAUCGAAUACAUCAGACUUGAAGAAUGUAUGUUUCGUAUAGUAAUUUUACAAAUCAAUUUAAAUACAGAAAAAGUAAUAGUAAUAGAAGUUGAAGAAUAUUUUGGGAUAAACAUUAUAUGUAAGUUACUGGAGUACAUCUCCUGACAAUUAUGAUCCAAUAACAUCCAUGUGGAAUCGGUUCUGAAAGUCCAAGCAUCUAAGUCUUUGUGAUUUUUAUAUGUUUGGAUGUCUCUUGCCACAAGAAUGUAUGAACAGUUAUUCUGAUCCUUCUGGAAUACCGGAGUUGCCACCAGAAAACCUGUAUAAGGGACUAAUGGACUGUCGUUUCUAUUCGGGUUUUUGUAUAUCUUUGUCUCCCAAAUUGAACAAUUUAACAUUGGAAAAAAAAAACUUUUACUUGAAAUGAUCAUAGUUUCAUUUGUUUUAAUUUUAAAAUGCCAUAUAAUAUAAACUUUCACAAUGUCAUUAACUAAGACGUGCUUUGAGUAUGGAAUAGUUCAACUGUUUUCAUUAAAAGUGCAUUUCAUCAUGAAAUUUCUAAUUUUCUUGUACAUAUAAAGGUAUGUUGUCUAACAAACUGAUGAAUAAAUUAAUGCCCGGAUAUAUAUUCUUAACUGUUUCAUCUUUUUAUCUGUGAAGACCUAAUCUAUUACCCCGAUGCCGACGCAUCUGAUUAGCAUCUAUCAUAGCUCUCUGAAGGUAAUCGGCCACGCAUCGUUGUUGUCUCCAUCUAACGCACAAGAUUCCACGGGUGUCAUUUUUGCUGAUUAUGCAACAUUAUGCAUACAGGGAGGCAGGUUUGUUUUUGGUGACACUGACUGGUACGGUAAAUUGGCCUCCAAAUGCAACUGCUGCUUCAUCGUCGUCGUUGUCGGAAUGGGUCUCGCUGAGAUAGCAGAAAGCACAGCAUGGGUUCCAUGGGAAUAGUUGACAAAUAGCUCUGCAUCAGAUAUCACCAUGUGGAUCUUCUAUGUGUUGUUAUCAGUUAUUCUAACCAACUCUAUUUGCCGAUCGGCUCCAGCAUUUUUCAACGACCGUCGGCUACAACCGUUGAUGGUUUCAUCGCUUGAACAAACACUGGACGAUGACUUUGGCAGCAACACCCAAGAGCAGUCUGAUUCCCAGUCUAUAGAAUCGGCAGAACACACUUCGAAUGAAUCAUCUUCUUGGUACAACCAACAACAGCCGGCGUCCACCAGAAGCGUCGAAGACUCCAGUGAGAAACUCUACGAUCUGCUGUUGAAAAUACUUAAAGUUCUGGACGAUCAGGCCUAUAGAGACGCCGAACGCAACCGCCGACUGGAACAGCUCCGCAAUCCGGGUGUGCUUUCGCUUGAACACGAUUACGACGAUAGUUCGCUGGAGAACACCAACGGCAGCGGGGUGCAUUAGUAGCAAUGGUCAGCUGCGUAGAUGCAUUGUGUUUAUUCGCUUCAAGUUCAAUGGUAGGAAAUUGCUGGUGAUGACGGAGCAGCAAUUGUGUACACGGCAGCGAUAAUGUGUACAACGGUGCAUAUCGUUUAACCACAGACACAUAGACGUAACACUUAGAACAAGUUGCUUUAAAAUCCAUCGCCCGCCACUAGUUGUGAGGUUUGUAACUAAGCGAAUUUAAAAUGAUCGUUAAAUGAUUGAUCGAUGGAAAUUUCGGCAGUGUUACGUCUGUUUGUCUGUGGCUUAACUAUAGCAUAGGCAUUGACAUUCAAUUAGCUAUUUUCGCUGUAGGUUUAGUUUAGUUCUCUUUGUUACCAAUUUCAAUUGAAGUUUUAUUUGUACAAACAUUUGCUAGGGCAACCUUAGAGGAAAUUAGUUUCAUACUAAACUUAACAAUGAUGAAUGGUUUGAUCGUAUAGUUACUAUUAGGUAUGAG